AUGAGUCCCGAGGAAGAAGAAGAGUUUCAGUCAAAAGAUGAGGAUGAAGUAUCCAUACCCAGGGCUUCAUUGAACAAGUUCAUUAAAGAAAUUGUUCCCGAGGCCCGAUUGACCACAGAAACACGUGAACUAUUACUCAAUUGUUGCCAUGCAUUUAUUCACAAAUUGGCUACGGAAGCAAACAUUGCUUGCGCCUCUGCUAAACGAAAAACAAUCAGUCCGGAACACAUUUUUCAAGGGUUGGAUGCAAUGAAUCUUUCAGCAUAUAAAGAACACGCGGUGGUUGCAUCCGAAGAAGCCAAAGAAGAGUUGAAAGGACGACGAAUGCUUAGUGCUAGUUACCGAUUCAAACAUCAAGACAGCGAAGAAUUGGAACGUUUGAUGAAGGAGCAACAGGAAAUUUUCAUGCAGGCGCGUGCUGACUUUGUUGGUGGUCAGUGGGAUCGAGAUGACCUUCUAGUCGCCUCCGAAUUGGCAGCCGCCGAUGCGGCGGCCACUCUGAACGCACAGACAACACAAGAGCGACAACCUGCCGGUACCACGUCUGAUGCGGAUCACCCAAACCUUGACCAAGUAGCCCUUCCCGGUCCGGAUGAUACAGUGAACUUGACUAAUCGGAUUCCUUUGUGCACCGGAUCCGGCCGAUUACUCGGGGCAACCACAGUGGAAGAUGAGGACAAUUAUGAUGAAUGA